AAAAACAUUUAAUAAAACUAGGUCAUUUUUGUACUUAAAACCCUCGUCUACAUCGUUCAUAAACCUCUGUUCAGUUUCAAGCUCUGCAUCAAUGGCGGCCAUCAAACACCUGAUCUCUCAAUCUCGCCGCAAUUACUUCCCACUGGCCCAACUCCUCCGGUCCCACACUUCUCUCAGAUCACUCUGUUCCCAAAUCGACUCUCCCAACCUUAACCCUAACUCCGACGAAUCACAGUCACAGCCUCCCGAACCUUCCAGAUACUCCCAACCGGUAGUCCCACAAACCAUUUCUUACCCGGUUAAGCCCAAACCCGAACCCGAACCGACCGAGCCACCAAUUCAAACUCAAAAUCAAAAUCAAAAUCAAAACCCUCAAUUUCGGGGCUCUGAAUGGCAAAAUGAGAGUGAUGCGGGGAAUGCGGGGGUGUGGAGUCGAGAGGACUUUCGGUAUGUGAAAGAUAUGGCUCCAGUGUCGUAUCAGACUAGAGUGGCGCCAUUGCCUGAGGACAGGAAGGAGGAGAGUAAUGAGAGUCGGGAGAAUGUGGAAAUGCGAAAUAGGGAGAAUGAGGAGAGAGUGAGGAGGAGAGUGUUUAGGAUUUACGAAGAGGAGAAGCUUCCGUUCCCGACUUUGAUCAAACAGGAUGUGGAGAAGAAGGCGGCGAAGGAGAAGGUGAUUUAUGAUCUUAAAGAAGCAAUUCAUCUUCUGAAGGCUAAUACCAAGUGCAAGUUCGAUGAAACUCUGGAAGCGCAUGUAAAGAUGACCCCUGACCUACGUCGAACAGAUCUGAAACUUAUUGGUACCGCAUCUCUGCCCCAUGGAACUGGAAAGCCUGUCAGGAUUGCUGUCUUUGCUGAAGGAGGUGCUGCAGAUGAAGCCAGGGCUGCAGGAGCUGAUGUUGUUGGUGGGGAGGACCUUAUUGAGGGAAUAAAAAAUGGCAGUAUUAAGGUUGAUUUUGACAAAUGCAUCUCAACCCCUCAGUUAAUGUCUAGGGUUUCAAAAGAGAUAUCGAAAAUCCUUAGGCGUUCUACUCCAAAUGCUAAGGAUGGUACUGUUACUACUGAUCUCUCAAGGGUGGUGAGAGAAGCAAAACAAAAUGUUAAUUUCAGAAAAGACAAGUCAGCAAUUGUGCAUGUAGGCCUUGGAAAGAUAAGUUUCUCAGAAGAUGCAUUACGUGAGAAUGUUGGUGCUUUUGUGAAUGCGCUUUUGCUCGCAAAGCCAGCCGGAUUAAAAAAGAGUUCAAAAUUUGCUGGAUAUGUUGGUACAUUUCAUUUAUGCAGCACAAUGGGCCGGUCUUACCCGAUCUCCAUACAAUCAUUAUCAAUAGCAGCCGAUCGGUACAACAAAAUGCAAAUGAGGUGACAGGGUGCUGAUAAAUGGAACUAAUUUCUUUACCUUUGUUGUAAUUCUUUCUCUUAAGUUAGAAUACUAGGAAACCAGUAUUUCUUUUUAUUGAAGAGAGUAAUCUCACCCUCAUCGUCUUGGUGUAAUUAGAGGAUCUUAAAUUAAAAAUGGCACCGAGGCUAAAUUUUUUGAGCAUAUCCCCGUUGAUUCGGGGCAUCAAUACUUGUCAUAUACAUAUUGUGUAAUGAAUAAAAAUACUAGUAGCAAGUUUGCAAUUA